AUGGUCUGGAGUCAGAUAGAGGCAACGCCUCCGCAUUUGACAUAUUUGAUCCUUUCCACUUUCCUCAUCAGCUAUGUGCUGUUCAGCCAGUUCUUGAAGAACAGACUCCAUCUCAGUGAGCCUCCUAUCGCUUUACUGGUUGGCAUCAUUCUCGGUCCGCAAGUCCUAGGAUGGCUGGUACCCAAUYUUUGCGUUCACGGAUGUGAGAACAAAGACACGUUCAAAGGACCUGCAGCGAAUCUUGGACGAGGCUGGGGAUGGGGCGAUCUCCAAGUACAAGAGGCGACCCGCGUCAUCGUGGGUAUCCAGGUCUUCACAGUCGGUGUCGAACUCCCGAAAUACUACGCAAGUAGACACUGGAAAUCAGUCGCCAUGCUGUUGGGACCAGUCAUGACAUUCGGAUGGGUCGUUUGUGCCCUCUUCUGCUACCUCCUCUUCAAAACGGACAUUCCCACUGCCUUGGUUGUAUCCGCUUGCUUGACGCCCACGGAUCCUGUGUUGGCGGCGUCGAUUCUCUCCAACAGUCAAUUCAGCAGCCGAGUGCCAAAACGGAUCAAAGACAUGCUUUCAGCAGAAUCCGGCUGCAAUGACGGCGUCUCUUUUCCAUUUCUGUACAUCGGAAUUUAUUUCUUGACGCAAGAGUCCUACCUCGAAGCCUUCAAGGAGUGGGCAAUCAUUACCAUAUUGUGGCAAUGUCUCUUUGGAACGUUGGUCGGCAUGACGAUAGGAAUCGCAUUCAACCGGAUACUACGCAUCUGUGAGAAGAAAGGGUACACCGACGAACCAGGUUUCACAGUCUUCUAUCUACUUCUCGCAUUGUUAGCUGUGGGCUGUGGCAGCACCUUGGGAAGCGAUGAUUUCCUCGUUGCUUUCGGAGCUGGAUAUGGAUUUUCUCGAGACGGCUGGUUUCACGCGAAGACCAAGGCCCAAAAUCUGGGUAACAUCAUCGAUCUCCUCUUAAACUCGGCCAUGUUUGUGUACGUGGGGACAUUCUUGCCAUUCCACAGCUGGACGCCCGGCUACCUUACGCCAUUCGUGACUCCCGGGCGACUUUUCGGCUUCCUGGCCUUGGUCCUGCUCUUCAGACGUCUGCCCGUCAUGAUGGCACUCUAUCGCUGGAUCCCAGAUAUCAAAACGUUCCGGGAAGGCUUGUUCUGCGGCCAUUUCGGCCCCAUGGGCUUGGGUGCCCUCUUCCUCGCCAUUGAGGCCAGAGCUAUGUUGGAGAACGGAACGAGCACGCCGGACGAUCACCCACCAGCGUUCGGCAGACCAUACACUCCGCGAGAAGUCGCAAUUGAGACGGUAUGGCCUGUGGUAUGCUUCGUUGUAUUCGGUUCGACGAUCGUUCACGGCCUGAGUGUCCUGGCAUUGAGUGUCGUUGCGCAUUUCCGACGAGACAAGCAGAAUCGCGCGAGUAUUCUCGCUGCAGAGACGGAUCCAUUAGAGGGUAUGGAACAUGAGCAGGGUGAUGGAGAUUCUGCGUGCGAUGAUGAUGAGAAUGACGAGCUGUUACCUUGA